GCGAGACCGAUGCAGGAACGAGGUUGUUUACAAGCAGCGAUGGAACCAGGCGGUGGAUCUUGGGGAACGGGGGACCGCGACGGGAGCCUCCCGGGACUGAAGCGGGCGGCGCUCCUCCUGCACCUGCUGGCUGUGGUUGGAGCUGUCUCGAGACCAGACUGCCUAACUUCCAAUGGAACUGGUUUAAGUGGAGAGCAGCGUAUUACGCCUGGAGUAAAUUGUGCAAACUUGAUGCAGAGUGAGCAGGAUGAAAAGCUGAAUCUUUCUCAAAACAUCACAGGUGCUUCCCUAAAUGAAGACCUAAAUCACACGACAGGAGAGCCGGAAACGGUGAAGCCAGGAGAGAGGGCAGCUCAGAUCAAAGACCAGGUGAAGAUGCCUUCUGCCAGCGAGCCCAUUGUUCGGCAGCCAGUCAGUGGAAUUAGCCACCCAGUGAGACAGUCAGCAAAACAGAAACAAGACCUUGGAGUUCCAGGUCAGGUCUUGGCGAUUAUAAUGAUUGUCAUCAUCAUAGCCUUGGGUUCUGGCAUCAUACUGGGCUACAUUUACAAACGAGGUCGAGAUAUGAAGAAAGAACAGGAGCAGCGAGCAUGUGAAGAAGAAAUCCAUCGCAUCAUGCUGCCGCUGUCAGCCUUCUCCAACCCCAGCUGUGAGCUGGGUGACGAGGUCACUGUGGUAAUGGUAAACCCUCAGACACACACGGGAGAAAGCUGCGAGGGUGACUGUUCGCUUCCAGCUGGUACUCCGGGGGCUUGAGCUCAGCACACCAGCUGAGAAGGUGACUGGCUGUGGACUUCUGGGAGAGUGGGCUGAGAGCGGAACUGGGUCUGUGAGCCACACCUUACCAGGCAGAGUACUCUCCCUGACAACUGCCAGCGAGCAGCCUGACAAAUCAUGGAAUUUGCUUUUCCGCGAAGGAUCAGGCCACGUCUGGGUGUUGGUAAUCAGUGCAUGAACUGCAAAGUACAGUACAGUACAGUAUCCAACAGCAAAUCACAUGUUGGUUUUGUUAUAUAUAUAUAUAUAUAUAUAAAUGUUAGGCAUGAUCUGGGUUCGGAAGUGAGCAGCCUGCUACGAGUGUUUUAAACUUCCAACACAAACGCUUGUGGGGAGUGGAAUAUUGUGUGUCAGAAGUGUAGAGAGCAACAUAACCGGUUUAGGAGGGGAGAUGAAAGGAGAUGGUUCCAUUCAAUAGAUCAGAGUUGAUCUGUUUCUUUUCCUGCCCUUUCCCUUAAACCUGCACUGCCCAGGCAGGAAUCUGUUAGCAUCCUAAUAGCCAAUUCCACAGAGAGAAUUCCAGUCUCUGCAGUGAACUAAUGCUGUCACUCGGACUCUUUGCUUCGAGACACUGCAGUAGGGGAGAUCACCUCAGCCAUGGUCCAUUAGAACUUUCGGAAUCUCAGUGUGAUCCCUCUAGUAGCUAUGAACUCCUGCAGCCGUCUCCUUUGCAGAUAGAUCCCUCCAAGUUCCAACAAACACUUGAAUGUCUCACUGCUUCGAACACACGAACAUCCCUUCUUAGAUAAGACCAGUCAGGAACAAAGUCCAGCAGGUCUCAGACCACCAGCUUUACCUUCCCUCUUUACUUGCUGUGAUUAGUGCACAGCAACUUUCCUGACUCAGUAUUUAUUAGAUUUUUGAAAUGUAUGCUUUUAUUUUUCACAAUACUGUACAAUCAGCCCCUUCCUGCCCAGUCAGUCAACCGCAUGAUGAUCCUUUAUCAGCAUGUUCCUCACAAUUAUGGUAAUUCCAGUUUCCCAACACCCACUUCCAGGUCCAAUCCUUCUCUCCCUACCCCAUGGAAUGUCCCAUUCAUUGGCAUCCUUCAUUGAGUUACAGGUGCAGGGGAGCCUCACUAAGCUACCUCGAGCUGAGGAAGAUGGUCUGAUAGGACUGUACCUCAGAAUGCAUUUGCUAAAUUGUUGACCCAUCGCAGAAAUGCAGGCAUUGGGUCAGAUUAAUGUUCUCCAAAUCUGCUGCCCCUCAUCUGGAAUGGAGGAGGACGCUCGGACAUGGAGGGGCUCGCACUCAGUGCAAAUGACCAUGAGAUAUUCACACUGCUGCUCCCAGUAUGAGGAUAUUGCCAUUCACCAGUUCACUCCACAAGGAAUGUCCUUUGGUCCUGCACACUGGGGCCCCAGAACAAACACCAGUUAUCUCAACCCAGGGCUUCACUAUAGGCGCAAAGCAGGGCAGAUCACAUGCAAGAUGGACAUUGCAGAUACAGGAACUUGGAGCACAAAAAUAAAAGAAACUGCUGGAGGAACUGAGUGGGCCAGGCAGCAUCUGUGGAGGGAAAUGGACAGUGAACAUUUUGGAUGGAGCACUUCAUUUGGACUAGAACAAGGUUUAUAAUCACUGACAUUUACCAUGAAAACUGUUCUGUUGCAGCACUACAAUGUAAGACGUAAAAAUUACUGUAAUUUACAAAUAUAAAUAAAUGGUGAAAAAGAUGAGGUGGUUUUCAUGGACCAUUCGGAAACACAAAGGCAGGGAGGUUGUUAAAUUUGUGUGUGUGUGUGGGCCUUCAUGUUUCUGUACCUCCUUCCUGAUAGUCAUGUUGAGAAGGGGGCAUGUGAGGGUGCUUAAUGAUGAUGCUGGGUACCAUCUCUUGAAGGUGUCCUCAGUGGUGGGGAGGGUUGUGCCUGUGGUGGUGCUGGCUGGAUCUACAACCUUCUACCUACUUUUUCAUUGUUUGAUGCUUCCUGAUCUGUUGAAUUCCUCCACCAUUUUGUGUGUUGCUCCAGCUAUUUUCCUGUGUUUCCACAUCACUGCAUUGGACUAGGCUGCCUGCAGCUAUCUUCUCAGUAUUCUUCCUCCCUUCGAAUCACAGCUCUGCCCUUAUUUGUGUUUUCUAUCCAUUCCCUUCUUGCUCAGUAUUAUGUGUGGUUCAGUGUCCCAGCCACAACCUUCACACUGCUCAGCUUAUACGUCCAUCUUUGCAGUUUGUGUUGUUUGUGACCCACGUACCAUCGUGCAUUGUUUCUCAAAGUUGUAGAGCACUACAGCACAGCAGCAGGCCCUUCAGUCCAUCUAGUUGGUGCUAAACUAGUCCCAUCAACCUGCACCUGGACCGUAGCCACGUACUUAUCCAAACUUCUCUUAAUUGUUGAAAUCAAACCCACAUCCACCACUUCCACUGGCAGCU